CAUGCAUUUGCCAAUUCUCUGUUUUGGUUGCUCAAAGUUGAAAUUGCUCAAAUGUUGGCUUGAUUUCCCCCCCGGCAUCAUGGAGAGUAUGCAUAGCUAUUGGCAAUUGGGUGAUGAGCUUCGAGGACAAGCUAAAGUCUCAGAGGAUCAUAAAUGGUUAAUGGCUGCUUCGAAGUUGGCUGAACAGACUAUUAAAGGUGAGCGACGGAAUAAUCUUGAUCUCUCAAAGGGCUCAGCUGAAAUCAGGCCUAGGGAUAAUUUUGGGUUUCAAGAAGACAACAAGUUUGAGAGUCUUAACUUCACCAUGUUGAAUUUGGACAUGAAAAUGAAUGAGAGUUUGAGCAGAAGCCCCAUGGGAAAUGGUGUAUACAAUAUGAAUCCUUUGUAUCAGAAGCCUGGUGCCAAUGGUAUGGGAAAUUUAUCUGUUAGCAAAUAUAUCACAAACAGCGGCAGCAAGGACCAUAACAACAACAUCAACAACGAAAGCAUCAAUGCAAACAAUGCAGUUGACAAAAGAUUCAAGACAUUGCCUGCUGCUGAGACACUUCCAAGGAAUGAGGUUCUAGGUGGAUACAUCUUUGUCUGCAACAAUGACACGAUGCAAGAAGAUUUAAAGAGACAGCUGUUUGGUUUACCACCAAGGUACAGAGACUCCGUGAGGGCAAACCCAGGCCUACCACUGUUUCUCUAUAAUUAUACCACUCAUCAGUUGCAUGGUAUAUUUGAGGCAGCUACUUUUGGUGGUUCCAACAUAGAUCCUACUGCCUGGGAAGAUAAAAAAUGUAAAGGGGAGUCAAGGUUUCCUGCUCAGGUGCGUAUCCAUACAAGGAAAGUGUGUAAACCUUUGGAGGAGGAUGCUUUUAGGCCAGUCUUGCAUCAUUAUGAUGGUCCCAAGUUUCGCCUUGAGUUGUCCAUACCUGAGACUCUCGACUUGCUAGACCUCUGUGAGCAAGCUGGUGUCUGAAACUCAUAGAGCCUUGUUGGACGUGUAUUGGCUACUUGGUAGCGUGGUUGUGAAUUGUAGGAUCGCGGUGCAUGUAAUCAGUGCUUUCCACAGAUUUUCCAAAGAGCGCAAGCUCCGGGGUAUUUCUGUUUGUGAGAUGUUUCUGGGAGUAGAUUGGGUUAUGAGUGGCCAAAUAAGCGUAAUACUUUUGGAAGAUAUUUUAUGUGUAGCUUAAAAGAGUUCAGUUGUGUGAUGCUUGUAGGAUGAUAUGUACUGCCAUUGUUGGAAGAUGAUUAUGUAAUAUUAGUAGCGUUAGUUUAUUUUGUUUUGAGAUGUCCUUGGCCAUAUUCCUGCCGUUAAGAGGGAUUUUGGGCACGUUUGACCAUCCUCCUUGUUGACUUGCACGGAAUUCGUCGUUUGGUAUUUAAUCCUAAUAAUCUAUAUUUGUUUGGAUUGUAAG